AUGUGCUCACAGACCAUCAACCAACACCUUAACCAGCUGCACAACGAGUUUGUGAGAGAGCAGAAGCUACAGGAAGCUGCUGGAAGAGGAAGCUCCAAUAAAGAAAAAGAAGAGGAAAGCGCUCCCGCUGAAGAUAAGCAACUUCCUGAAGAGGAGGAGAAAGAAGAGGGAGCGGAAGUAGGAGGUUCUGCAGAAGAACAUCAAGCACCUGCAGUGGAGGAGAAGAAGACGGAGACGCAGUCUCCUGCAGGGGAAGAAGAACAGGUAGGACCUCCUGAAGAAAACGAAGAGAAAACUCCUGUAGCGGAGGAGAAAGAAGAGGGAGCGGAUGGAGAAGAAGAAGCUCCUGAGGUGGAAGAGAUCAUCAAAGAUCCUCCGGUGGUGGAGAGGCCAACCCUGCGAAAACAGCUUAGGAAGGCCAUCAUGAAGAGGCUCCGGAGAGUAUGGCAUUCCACCCAAAGACUCAACUGCUGCUGCCGACCCAACACCAUGGCCUAAAUCCUUCCGGUUUACCUCUCCCAAGGGCGUAUGUCUGUGUGUCUGUCUGUGUGUUUGUGGGUUAUGUACAGAAGGGAGUGUGGGAGUUGUAUACAAGAGUGGGUGAGGGGUUAUGUACAGGAGGGAGAGUGAGGGGUUAUGUACAGGAGUGGGGUGAGGGAUUAUGUACAGGAGGGAGAG